AUGUACUCGUGCUCCAACUACCCUCGAGGCUGUCGUGGCCGCUGCAACAUUCAAGGUGGAAAAUGCAGUGAUUGCACAGCUCUUAACCUACGACGACCACGCACAAUGGCAUCCCCCUUUGCUCAGAAUCAAGGCGAAUUCCGCCGUCUCGCUCAGAUGACCACCUGCGCCAAUCCCGAGGCUCCGGAUAAAAACAACCAGGUGUAGGUGUACCCGGCCAACGAAACAAAACAAAACAACAAAAUAUCAACGAACAUUGCAUUCAACAUAAUCUGGGAGGCUAUCUGAUUCAAGAGCAUAUACGAACCAUCAGCGCGGCGUUUUAUUCAAGAACACCAACUAUUACAACUUUUUUAGUGCAACCUCUUUCAAACAAGCCGGCUUCUAUCGUUUGGAAAGAGGGACCUUCACCCUACGAUCCUUAUCACAUUGGCGACUGGUUUGCCAAAAACGAAGACAGAUUCAGACAACAUGCGGGUGGCUCUAAUUUUCCAACAAAUUGGACCUAUUCAAAAAUCUGUCAGGAUCUAAGACACUCUCUUUCUGAAACCCACGAUUUGUGACGGGGGACCCGCUGAGCGGGCCAGAAUCCGUCGCCGGU